AUGAAUUAAGAUAUUUAGACAUAAGACCAAUUGAUAGAGUACUUAACUUCGAUUGAUUAGUAACAUUUAAUCACUUACAUUCAUAAUUAUACUCAAUAAUAGAUUACAGAAUUUAUAGAUCAAAUAAAUCAACUCAACAAGAAUUAUCCAGGAGGAAUCAAAGAGUAUGCAAAUAGAGCAAGAAAAUUAUUGCUUGAUGCUUCUGAAGAUGUCAACCCAUUUGCUGAAUAUACAGCUCAUGUACCAUAAGGACAGAAUGUAGAUAUUUAUUCUGAAGAAUAUUGCCGAUUGGAAUAAUUGGGAGUCGAAGAAAUUAAGGAUACAUGUUUUGUAUUAGUGGCAGGUGGUUUAGGUGAGAGAUUAGGUUAUGAUGGAAUUAAAGUAGCUUUGCCAAUAGAUUUAGUUACCAAUACAACUUACUUAGAAUAUUAUUGUUAAUUUAUACUGAAUUUAUAAAAAAAACAUGGUAACAAAAUAUUACCCUUUGCAAUAAUGACAUCAGAUGAUACUCACAAAUUAACUUUGUAGUUAUUGGAGAACAACUUAUAUUUCGGAUUAUAAAAGGAAUAAGUAACUCUCAUCAAAUAAGAAAAAGUACCAGCCAUGUUGGAUAACCUUGCUCAUUUCGCUUAAGUUCCAGGAAAAUUAUUAAUAGAUACAAAACCACAUGGUCAUGGUGAUAUUCACACAUUGUUAUAUAUGUCUGGUUUGGCCUAAAAGUGGAAAAAUGAGGGAAGAAAGUGGUUAUUUAUUUUUUAAGAUACAAACGCAUAGGCCUUUAGAGCAUUACCAGUAGUCUUAGGAGUAAGUAAGGAAAACAAGUUUGAAUUGAAUUCUAUUGUUGUAAGUCGCAAACCUGGAGAAGCAGUUGGAGCUAUUUGUUAUUUGGUUGAUAAAAAUAAUAAAGGAUUAACAUUGAAUGUAGAAUAUAAUCAAUUAGACCCAUUGGUCAAAGCUUAAGGUGGUGAACCUGUAGAUGAACAAGGCUUUUCGAAAUAUCCUGGAAAUAUAAAUUGUUUAUUAUUCUCUUUGAAUGAGUACGAAACAGUAUUAUAAGAAACUAAAGGAUUAAUCGCUGAAUUCAUCAAUCCUAAAUAUGCAGAUGCUACAAAAACAAAGUUUAAGUCAUCAUCCAGAUUGGAAUGCAUGAUGUAAGACUAUCCUAAACUUUUGGGACCUGAAAAUAAAGUAGGAUUUACAGCUUUGAACAGAAGAUUCUGUUUCUCAGCUUGUAAAAAUGAUCUUGCAACAGCUUUAACUAAAUAGAAAUCUAAUUUGCCUUUGGAGUGUGCAGGUUCAUCAGAAAAUGAUUUCUAUUGGCUCAAUGCAGAAUUAUUAAGAAUGGCAGGUGUUUAAAUUCCUGAUUCAGUUUCAGAUGAACUUAAUUACAACGGAUUAGAAUUCAAAUUUGGACCUAAAAUUGUAUUACAUCCAUCAUUUGGUGUUACUCUUUCUGAAAUCAAAUCUAGAAUCAAAGGAAAAGUUUAGAUUUCAUCAAACUCAACUGUCAUCCUUGGGGGAUAAGCAGAAUUAAAUUCUGUGAAUAUUGAUGGUUAUGCUUAAUUAUUUGGAAAUGGUUAAUUUAAUGUGGACAUUAAAGGUGCUGAUGGACCAAAAUUAGUAGCAUUAGAACAAUAAGAUGGCGUGCCUGGAUAUAUAAAAAUUAGGGGUUAUAGAUUACAAAAAUGAGAUAUUAUUAAUAUCAAAAAUUAAAAAUUAUUAAUUAUACAUAUGAUA